GACCCAAAUCUCCACUCUCCCUCGAUUCCAUCGUCACUCAUCAUGAAUUCCAUCGCCCAACUGGCUGCCCGCUCCGCGCGCCUCAAUGGGGCCUCCGCAUUGCGACAAGCAAACCCAAUCGCUCGUCGAGCUUUCACCAAUGCUAACAGUCCCUCCCGCACAGGUCCAACAACCUCCAUCUCCCGAUUCCAACCCAACUCCCGCACAUCCGGCCUCCUGAUGAGCCGGGGUCUUCUCCGCAACACCGCCUCCAACCUCGCACGCGGACAAUCGCGCGGCAUCGUGACCGAGACCAUCACCGUCGGCGCGGCGAUCAUGGGCGCUGGGAAGCUGAUCGGAGCCGGCGCUGCGGCUGCAGGACUCAUUGGAGCAGGAACGGGUAUUGGAACGGUGUUUGGCGCGCUGAUCACUGGUGUUGCGAGAAACCCGGCAUUGAGGGGACAGCUGUUCGCUUAUGCUAUUUUGGGGUUUGCCUUUGCUGAGGCCACUGGCUUGUUUGCCUUGAUGGUUUCAUUCUUGAUCUUGUUUGCUAUGUAG